CAUGUCAUCAGUAAUGAAUGGGCAGAUUUUUGUCUAACAUUUGUGAGUUUUUUUCAAAAGUACCUUCUCGUUUGUACCUUAUCUAAAUGUCGCUUUACUUUAUAUCUGUUAACUCGUUCCUUUUUUAAUUUUAAGUUUGUUGAUUCAAUUGCAUGCAGAUGUUGGAGUAUUUUUCGCCGUCGGCGCGCUUUGCACUCAAGGACUGUUCGAAUUGGUCAUGGUCCCAUAUCAAGCCUUCAGUAUACGUUUCCAGAGAACGUUGUUUGCAACCGUAAAUAUAAUAUUUUUACAUUUAUUCCGUUGGUUUUAUUUCAACAGUUCAAGUUCUUCCUCAAUCUUUAUUUUUUAUGUAUGGCAUGCAGCCAGUUUAUACCAGCUAUUCAAAUUGGUGCUCCAAUCACCUACUGGGGCCCAUUGGGUUUUGUACUGACGAUAACACUGAUUCGUGAGGCUCUCGACGAUUUCGUAAGAUAUUUGAGGGACUGUGAAAUGAACAGUGAGAAGUAUGAAAAACUCACUCCUCACGGCAGAGAAUCAAUUAAAAGCUCCGAUAUUUUGGUCGGUGAUCUUAUUGUUAUACCUAAAAACAAAAGAGUGCCUGCUGAUGUUGUUUUGCUACGAACAACGGAGAAAACUGGUGCUUCGUUUAUACGUACCGAUCAGUUAGAUGGUGAGACGGAUUGGAAGUUGAGGAUUGCAGUUCCAGUUACACAAAAUCUUCUGUGCGAUGAGGAAAUUUUUGAUUUAAACAUGGAGGUUUAUGCUGAGACGCCUCAAAACGACAUUCACGACUUUGUUGGUACAUUUAAGGUCGGCAGUGAGGAUUCUACGCAGGAUGGGUCUCUAAAUGUUGAGAAUGUUUUAUGGGCAAAUACAGUUCUUGCUAGUGGUCAAGCUGUUGGUUUGGUUGUUUAUACUGGUAGAGAAACGAGAUCUGUGAUGAAUACAACAUUACCUGAAAGUAAAGUCGGACUUUUAGAUCGAGAGGUGAACAAUCUAACAAAGAUACUCUUUAUGUUUGUCCUAGUGCUCGCCUCUGUUAUGGUUACAAUGAAAGGAUUCGACAAGAAUUGGUAUCGGUAUUUGAUGCGUUUCGUGCUGUUGUUUUCUUACAUUAUCCCGAUAUCAUUACGGGUUAACUUGGAUUUGGCUAAGUUGGUAUACUCUUCUCAAAUAGCGAGAGAUCGUCAGAUUCCUGACACUGUAGUGCGAAGUAGUACGAUAUCCGAAGAGCUUGGUCGCAUAUCGUUUUUACUGUCGGACAAGACGGGCACUUUGACGAAAAAUGAAAUGAGGUUCAAGAAAAUUCACUUAGGCACUGUGUCAUUCAAUUCAAACGCUUUUGAGGAAGUUUCAAGGCAUGUUUCUUCCGCGUACAGCGGGAAACUUGGCAGACAUUCCUUUUCAAGUAGACUUCAGACGGCGGUAGAGGCAAUUGCACUUUGCCACAAUGUUACGCCCAUCAAUGAUGGGGGCAAACUAAGUUACCAAGCAGCUAGUCCUGAUGAAGUAGCUCUUGUUGAAUGGACUGAGUCUGUUGGAGUUCGCCUAUCGCAGAGGGACUUAACUUCUAUUCAACUGCAGUUAACUAAUGGCCAAACACGUUCUUUUCAAAUACUGCAUUUAUUUCCGUUCACUUCGGAAACUAAAAGAAUGGGUAUAAUUGUCAAAGACGAAACUACUGAUGAAGUAAGCUUUUUGAUGAAGGGAGCAGACACGGUUAUGUCAGCUAUGGUGCAGUAUAACGAUUGGCUUGAAGAGGAGUGUAGCAAUAUGGCAAGAGAAGGGCUGCGUACUUUGGUUGUUGCAAAAAAAGUAUUGACUGCAGAGCAGUUAGAUGAAUUUGAAAGAGAUUACCAUCAAGCCAAGAUGGAGGUAGUUGAUCGUAGUGAACAUAUGGCUGCUGUAUUAGGUCGUCUUGAAACGAAUUUGCAACUUCUCUGUCUGACGGGAGUAGAAGAUAGGCUUCAGGACCAUGUUCGUACGUCAUUGGAGUUGCUUAGGAAUGCAGGGAUUAAAAUCUGGAUGUUAACUGGUGAUAAAAUGGAGACAGCUCUUUGUAUAGCGAAGUCUUCAGGCCUUUUUUCAAAAACAGAUUCUGUGCAUUUGUUUAAACAGGUCGAGACGCGCACUGAAGUACACAAAGAAUUAAGUGCAUUAAGAAGGAAAAGCGACGCUGCUUUGGUAAUAUCGGGAUCAUCGCUGAAUUUAUGUCUUCAGUACUAUGAAGCAGAAGUUGCAGAAUUGGUUUGUGGUUGUAAAGCUGUAGUGUGCUGUCGAUGUUCUCCAGAGCAAAAGGCUCAAAUUGUUAACUUACUUCGGAAGUACCGCCCGAAUUCUCGUGUUGCUGCUAUUGGUGAUGGUGGAAACGACGUAUCGAUGAUUCAGGCUGCUCACGCUGGGAUAGGUAUUGAUGCUCAUGAGGGAAAGCAAGCUUCUUUGGCUGCUGACUUCUCAAUAACCCAGUUUUCCUAUGUUUGCCGCCUUCUUUUAGUACAUGGCCGUUACUGUUAUAAAAGAUCUUGUGCGCUUUCCCAGUUUGUGAUGCAUAGAGGUUUAAUAAUUUCGACAAUGCAAGCUGUCUUUUCGUGUGUUUUCUAUUUCGCUUCUGUCUCGCUUUAUCAAGGUCUGCUGAUGGUUUGCUACUCUACAGUCUAUACGAUGCUGCCAGUUUUCUCUUUGGUUGUCGACCGUGAUGUAACGGCAUCUAAUCUUUUGACAUUCCCAGAGCUCUACAAAGAGUUGGGGAAAGGGAGGUCGUUGUCCUACAAGACUUUUCUUAUUUGGGUCUUGAUCAGCAUUUACCAAGGAGCAGUGAUAAUGUAUGGCGCGUUGCUAGUUUUUGACUCCGAUUUUAUCCACAUCGUGUCAAUAAGUUUCACGGCUUUGAUCGUGACGGAAUUGAUCAUGGUUGCAUUAACUGUACAUACGUGGCAUUACGCGAUGCUGCUCGCUCAGGCUUUAUCAUUAGCAUUAUAUGCCGUUUCUUUGCUUUUCAUGAAAAAUUUUUUCGACAGACAAUUCGUAUUAUCAUGGAUAUUUUUGGGGAAGGUUACGGCUAUCACUGUUGUUUCUUGUCUUCCUCUUUAUAUAAUUAAGGCUUUAAAGAGGAAGUUCUCUCCGCCUUCUUAUGUAAAAGUUAAUUAG